UAAUAAUUAUAUGUGUUUUGUGUGUUGGACCUUGUAGAUGUUAAUAACCAGAAAUGCAACAAUUUUUAAUUGCUCACUCAAUUGCAAUUACUUAGAAUCAAUUUUUCAGUGACAGAAGGCGAGGGAAAUUUUGAAAAACAAUGCGAUUGCUAUGGAAUCCAUAAAAAAGUGUUUUGGAGCAGUCUAACCCCAAAAAUUUAUCUCCAAUUUAUUUAUUUUAUUUGUACAGUGAAGAAUUGAUUUUUUGUUUAAAAUGCUCCAGGCACUUAGAGAAAGAUCGCAGAAACGUAAAAAAUUACUCGCGCAAACGCUCGGCGUCUCGAGUGUCGACGAGUUACGCCAGAUCCUGGGAACAGACGUGGACAACACCGAGAGAAAAAAAUCCCGUACAAAAUCCCAGGACAGCGAUGAUGAUAAAUCCAAGGGCCACAAUUCAAGUAUUCAACCAGCUGACGAGAUAGUCUACAAGGACUCAUCGACAUUUUUAAAAGGCACCCAAUCAUCAAAUCCCCAUAACGACUACUGCCAGCACUUCAUAGACACCGGCCAACGUCCCCAGAAUUUUAUCAGAGACGUGGGUCUAGCCGACAGAUUCGAGGAGUACCCAAAGCUCCGAGAGCUGAUAAAACUGAAAGACGAUUUGAUAUCAGAGACAGCAACACCCCCAAUGUACCUCAAGACAAAACUCUCAAAUUACAAUUUCAAAGAACUCAAUUGCAAAUUCGAUGUUAUUCUGAUUGAGCCACCACUGGAGGAGUACCAGAGAACCUGUGGAGUGACAAACGUCGAGUUGUGGAAUUGGGAUCAGAUUAUGGAGCUGGACAUCGGUGAAGUGGCUGCCAACAGGAGUUUUGUAUUCCUGUGGUGUGGUAGCAGCGAUGGCCUUGACAUGGGGAGAUAUUGCCUGAGGAAAUGGGGAUUCAGAAGAUGCGAGGACAUCUGCUGGAUCAGGACUAAUAUCGAUAAUCCUGGACACAGCAAGAACCUCGACAGCAAGGCUGUACUCCAGCGAACGAAGGAACACUGUCUCAUGGGGAUCAAGGGAACUGUCCGAAGAUCCACUGAUGGGGAUUUUAUUCAUGCCAAUGUCGACAUUGAUUUGAUCAUCUCUGAGGAGCCAGAGUAUGGAUCCAUCGAGAAACCCGUGGAGAUUUUUCAUAUUAUUGAGCAUUUUUGUUUGGGAAGGAGAAGACUCCAUUUAUUCGGUCGUGACAGCACCAUCAGGCCAGGAUGGCUGACAGUGGGACCUGAAUUGACGAAUACAAAUUUUAAUACCGAUCUUUACAGCAGUUAUUUCUCCACUGGGCAAAUAACCACUGGCUGCACCGAGAGGAUCGAAGCCCUUCGCCCGAAAUCACCACCACCGAAGGGUAAAGUCUCUGGAAGGGGCAGGGGAGCUUUUAAUCGUAGUGGAAGAGGCAGGGGAAGAUGAAAUCAAUUGGAUCCAAUGCCUCCAGUCUCUUCAGGACAAAAAUUGUGUCUUCAAGUGGUAAAUUCAAGAUCGACAAAUAAAAACAAGUGGUUUUAAUAUUAA